GGCCGAGCCCCGCCCCCCGGCCCGAGCCUGCCGCGCGCUGCCCGCGCCCGCCGCCUUCCCGCACCAUGCUCAAGUGCAUCCCGCUCUGGCGCUGCAACCGGCACGUGGAGUCGGUGGAUAAGCGGCACUGCUCGCUGCAGGCGGUGCCCGAGGAGAUCUAUCGCUACAGCCGCAGCCUGGAGGAGCUGCUGCUGGACGCCAACCAGCUGCGCGAGCUGCCCAAGCCCUUCUUCCGCCUACUGAACCUGCGAAAGCUGGGCCUCAGUGACAACGAAAUCCAACGGCUGCCUCCUGAAGUGGCUAAUUUCAUGCAGCUGGUGGAACUGGAUGUGUCCCGGAAUGAUAUUCCUGAGAUACCUGAGAGCAUCAAGUUCUGUAAAGCUCUGGAGAUCGCAGACUUCAGUGGGAACCCCUUGUCCAGACUUCCUGAUGGCUUCACACAGCUGCGGAGCCUUGCUCACCUGGCCCUGAAUGAUGUGUCCUUGCAGGCGCUGCCUGGAGAUGUGGGCAACCUGGCCAACUUGGUGACCCUGGAGCUCCGGGAAAACCUGCUUAAGUCUCUGCCUGCGUCCCUGUCUUUCCUGGUCAAGCUGGAACAGCUGGAUCUGGGUGGCAAUGAUCUGGAAGUCCUGCCCGACACUCUGGGGGCUCUGCCCAACUUGCGGGAACUGUGGCUAGAUCGGAACCAACUGUCAGCACUGCCCCCGGAACUUGGGAAUCUGCGGAGGCUGGUCUGCCUGGAUGUGUCUGAGAACCGGCUAGAGGAGCUGCCUGUGGAGUUAGGUGGGCUGGUGCUUCUCACAGACCUGCUGCUUUCCCAGAACUUGCUUCAGCGGCUGCCAGACGGCAUCGGUCAGCUGAAGCAGCUGUCUAUCCUGAAGGUGGACCAGAACCGGUUGAGCGAGGUGACCGAGGCCAUUGGGGACUGUGAGAACCUCUCUGAACUGAUCCUCACAGAGAACCUGUUAACGGCCCUACCCCGCUCUCUGGGCAAGCUGACCAAACUGACUAACCUUAAUGUGGACCGGAAUCAUCUUGAGGUGCUGCCACCUGAAAUUGGAGGUUGUGUGGCCCUCAGUGUCCUCUCCUUAAGGGACAACCGCCUGGCUGUCCUACCCCCUGAGCUUGCUCAUACAGCUGAGUUGCACGUGCUUGAUGUGGCUGGGAACCGGCUACGGAGUCUGCCAUUCGCACUAACCCACCUCAACCUCAAGGCACUAUGGCUGGCUGAGAAUCAGGCACAACCCAUGCUCCGCUUCCAGACCGAGGAUGAUGCCCAGACCGGCGAGAAGGUGCUUACCUGCUACUUGCUGCCCCAGCAGCCUCUGCCAAGCCUCGAGAACCCUGGGCAUCAGAGCAGCCCCUCAGAGAGCUGUAGUGAUGCACCUCUGAGCCGUGUCAGUGUCAUCCAGUUCCUGGAGGCCCCUGAAGGCGACGAGGAUGCUGAGGAAGCUGCGGCUGAGAAGCGGGGCCUGCAACGACGGGCCACGCCUCACCCCAGUGAGCUCAAGGUGAUGAAGAGGGGCAUCGAGGAGCGCCGGAGUGAGGCCUACACCUGCAAGCCUGACCCCAGCCUACCCUCACCCUCAGAGGAGGAGAAGAGACUGAGUGUAGAGUCCGGCUUGAGUGGAGGCUCUGUCCCAUCAGCAAGCACAGCCUCUGAGGUUGAGCCUGAGAUCCUGCUGGCUGAGGCACAAGGACUAGGCCAGCAAGAAGUCACAGCUGGACAGGAGGAAGACACAGAGGAGGACUAUGAUGAGCCCACAGUGCACUUCGCAGAGGACAUGUUAAUACCCAGGGAAGAAGGUGAGAGCGAAGAGGGGCAGCCUGAGGCCCCCUGGCCACUUCCUAGUGGCCGGCAGAGGCUCAUCCGCAAGGACACACCCCACUACAAGAAGCACUUCAAGAUUUCCAAGCUCCCCCAACCAGAAGCUGUUGUGGCCCUGCUGCAAGGAGUGCAGCCAGACAGGGAGGGCCCCCCGGGUCCUGGGGGCUGGCACAAUGGCCCCCACACGCCCUGGGCUCCUCGUGCUCAGGAGGAAGAAGAGGAAGAGGAAGAAGAGGACGGGGUUGAGGAAGAAGGCGAGGCCACCACAGAGGAAGAAGAUAAAGAAGAGGCCGUGGCCUCUGCUCCCUCUGUCAAGGGGGUGUCGUUUGACCAGGCCAAUAACCUGCUGAUAGAGCCUGCUCGCAUUGAGGAGGAGGAGCUUACACUCACCAUCGUUCGGCAGACGGGGGGCCUGGGCAUCAGCAUCGCUGGAGGCAAAGGCUCCACCCCCUAUAAAGGAGAUGAUGAGGGCAUUUUCAUAUCCCGAGUAUCUGAGGAGGGCCCUGCAGCCCGUGCUGGAGUCCGAGUGGGUGACAAACUCCUUGAGGUGAACGGUGUGGCCCUGCAAGACGCAGAGCACCAUGAGGCUGUGGAGGCACUUAGGGGGGCGGGUGCUGCUGUGCAGAUGCGAGUGUGGCGGGAAAGAAUGGUGGAGCCUGAGAAUGCAGUCACCAUCACACCGCUGAGGCCUGAGGAUGACUACAGCCCCCGGGAGCGACGAGGAGGUGGCAUGCGCCUGCCCCUGCUUCAGCCUGAGACUCCCGGUCCCUUCCGCCAACACCAUGCUGCCUGCCUUGUGCGCAGUGAGAAGGGGCUAGGCUUCAGCAUUGCUGGAGGAAAAGGCUCCACACCUUACCGUGCUGGCGAUGGGGGCAUCUUCAUAUCCCGCAUUGCGGAGGGGGGUGCUGCCCACCGGGCAGGCACUCUGCAGGUCGGCGACCGUGUCCUCUCGAUCAAUGGAGUGGACAUGACUGAGGCACGACACGAUCACGCUGUCUCCUUGCUGACGGCCGCUUCUCCCACCAUCUCCCUGCUGCUGGAGAGGGAGACUGGGGGCACCUUCCCACCCAGCCCCCCGCCACAUUCCUCCCCAACUCCCACUGCUGCUGUUGCUGCUACUGUGACCAUUGCCACCCCUGGGGAACCUGUGCUACCCAGGCUGGCCCCCAGCCUGUUGGCCGCUGCCUUGGAAGGGCCAUACCCUGUGGAGGAAAUCUGUCUGCCCAGAGCUGGGGGCCCACUGGGGCUUAGCAUCGUAGGGGGAUCUGACCACUCCAGCCACCCAUUUGGUGUUCAGGAUCCUGGUGUAUUCAUCUCCAAGGUGCUUCCAAGGGGCCUGGCUGCUCGCUGUGGCCUUCGAGUUGGGGACCGCAUUCUAGCAGUGAAUGGGCAGGAUGUUCGGGAGGCCACACAUCAAGAGGCGGUCAGUGCCCUGCUCCAGCCCUGCCUAGAGCUGUCUCUGCUUGUGCGGAGGGACCCGCCACCCCCAGGCAUGCGGGAACUCUGCAUCCAGAAGGCCCCUGGGGAGAAACUGGGCAUCAGCAUCCGUGGGGGUGCCAAGGGCCAUGCAGGGAACCCCUGUGAUCCUACAGAUGAGGGCAUCUUCAUCUCUAAGGUGAGCCCCACAGGAGCAGCCGGGCGUGAUGGCCGGCUCCGUGUGGGGCUGCGGCUGCUGGAGGUGAACCAGCAGAGCCUGCUGGGCCUAACACAUGCCGAGGCUGUACAGCUCCUGCGCAGUGUGGGUGACACCCUUACCGUGCUUGUCUGCGACGGCUUUGACACAGGCACCACCGUAGCCCUGGAGGUGUCCCCUGGCGUCAUUGCCAACCCUUUUGCGGCAGGCCUUGGCCACCGGAACAGCCUGGAAAGCAUCUCAUCCAUCGACCGGGAGCUGAGCCCUGAAGGCCCAGGCAAGGAGAAAGAGCUGGCCGGUCAGACACCCUGGGGGCCUGAGUCUUCAGAGACCAUGGACCGGACUCUGGAGCCCCUGAAGCUGGACUACCGUGCCCUGGCUGCCGUGCCCAGUGCUGGGAGCUUGCAGAGAGGACCAUCUACAACCACUGGAGGGACAACGACUGAGGCUCCCUGCUCUCCUGGCAGCCAGCAAACAAAACCGGGGGUGAUCCAGCCAUUGGCUCAGGCCUGGCCAAAGGGCUCCCCAGCCCCCAGGGGCAGAGAUGGUCCCUGCUCACCACCCUCCCCGGAUGAGCUGCCCUCUAAUGUGAAGCAGGCCUACAGGGCCUUUGCAGCUGUGCCUACCGUGCAUCCUCCAGAGGACAAUGCUACCCAGCCCCCGACACCUGGUCCCACAGCCUCCCCAGAGCAGCUGUCUUUCCGUGAACGGCAGAAGUAUUUUGAGCUGGAGGUUCGGGUACCUCAGGCAGAGGGUCCCCCCAAGCGUGUGUCCCUGGUGGGUGCCGAUGACCUACGCAAGAUGCAGGAGGAGGAAGCCCGCAAGCUGCAGCUGAAGAAGGCACAGAUGCUACGGGACGAGGCAGCAACCUCGGGGCCAGACGUGGGGUUCACCUUGGAUAGGGAGUCCCUGAAUGAGGAGCACCAGGACGAUGAACGGCCCUGGGCUGCUCCAGGCCAGGCUGGAGGCCCCAGCCCAUCGUCACCCCCACCCCUGGGAGGCAGCGCCCCUGUGAGGACAGCCAAAGCUGAGCGUCGCCAUCAGGAACGCCUGCGCAUGCAGAGCCCAGAGCUUCCUGCCCCUGAGCGGGCCCUGUCUCCUGCAGAGCGUCGGGCCCUUGAGGCAGAGAAGCGGGCACUGUGGAGGGCAGCCAGGAUGAAAUCUCUGGAACAGGACGCUCUCCGUGCACAGAUGGUCCUCAGCAAGUCCCAGGAGGGCCGCAGCAAGCGAGGACCCCUUGAGCGACUAGCUGAGGCCCCUUCACCUGCACCCACUCCAUCACCCACACCAUUGGAAGACUUCGGCCUCCAGACCAGCAGCUCCCCUGGACGCUUGCCAUUGUCUGGAAAGAAGUUUGACUACAGGGCAUUUGCAGCCCUGCCUUCUUCCAGACCUGUCUAUGACAUCCAGUCACCAGACUUCGUGGAGGAGCUGAGGUCCUUAGAACCAUCUGCCAGCCCUGUAGCCCCACAGGAAGAAGAUGGAGAGGUGGCUCUGGUGCUCCUUGGCAGGCCCUCACCUGGUGCCAUGGGCCCUGAAGAUGUGACGCUGUGCAGCAGUCGCCGGGCCAUGCGACCAGGCCGCCGAGGCCUGGGCCCUGUUCCCUCCUAGGGGCAGGUGCCUCCCCAGACUCGGGGUGAGGACCCUGCCAGCUUCAUCACUUCCUCACCCUGAGUCUUUUAGCCUGGGUGUUAGCAUUUUAAAGAGACCCUUCAGGAGUUCUGCUUCUGACUAACUGCCCCUGUAGCCGGGAUCUCGUGGCGAGACUGUAACUAGUGAUGUUUGUACAACCAAAGACUCUAUUUUGUGGUUUAAGGAGAAUAAAGUUGACUACCUUUUA